GCCCACUUACAUCUAGGAGACUCCUGCCGGCCCGGAACCCAGCGUGCUGGGGACAGCCCGGAGUAGCAGACACCUGAAAGACUCCGGAAGAGGCACUGCAGGAAGAAUCGUGCUCUAAAGAAGCAGUGUGGAGAAUGACUUUCACGUCCCACAUUUCCACUGAAGCCUCUGUUCUUGCUACUCUACAGAAUGAAGAUAUUCAGAUGUUGCUCUAAAUACACACUCCAACAGAAGCUCUUCGUCCUCUUCUUAACGCUAUGGCUGCUCUCCUUGUUAAAGCUUCUAAAUGUGGGCCGGCUCCUCUUCCCUCAAAGAGACAUUUACUUAGUUGAAUAUUCCCUAAGUACCUCCCCUUUUGUGAGGAACAGGUUCCCCCCCAUCCGGGAUGAAGUCAGGUAUGAAGUUAACUGCUCAGGGAUCUACGAGCAGGAGCCUUUGGAGAUCGGCAAGAGUUUGGAAAUCAGAAGACAAAACAUCGUCGACCUAGAGGAUGGCGACGUUGUGAUGAUGACCAGCGACUGUGAUGUUUACCAGACCCUCAGACGCUACCAUGAGAAGCUUGUUUCGAGAGAGGAAAAGAGCUUCCCAAUAGCCUACUCGCUGGUCGUCCACAAAGACGCCAUUAUGGUUGAGAGGCUAAUUCACGCUAUUUACAACAAGCACAAUCUUUACUGCAUCCAUUAUGACCUGAAGUCACCAAGCGAGUUCAAAGCCGCCAUGAACAACUUAGCUAAGUGCUUCUCCAAUAUCUUCAUCGCUUCCAGACUGGAGGCUGUGGAGUAUGCCCACAUUUCCAGGCUCCAGGCUGACUUGAAUUGCCUAUCAGACCUUCUCAAAUCUUCAGUUCAGUGGAAGUAUGUCAUCAACCUGUGUGGGCAAGACUUUCCCCUCAAGUCAAAUUUUGAAUUAGUGUCAGAGCUGAAAAAACUCCAAGGCCAGAAUAUGUUAGAGACGGUGAAACCUCCUACUGGCAAAAUGGAAAGGUUUACUUACCACCAUGAGCUCAGACCGGUGCCUUACGAAUACAUGAAGCUCCCAGUAAGGACAAACAUCUCCAAGGAGGCUCCACCUCAUAACAUUGAGGUGUUCGUAGGCAGUGCCUAUUUUGUUUUAAGUCAAGCAUUUGUUAAAUAUAUCUUCAACAGCUCCCUUGUUGAAGACUUUUUUGCCUGGUCUAAAGAUACAUACUCUCCCGAUGAGCACUUUUGGGCUACCUUGACCCGGAUACCAGGAAUUCCUGGAGAAAUUUCCAGAUCAGCCCAGGAUGUGUCUGACCUACAGAGUAAGACCCGCCUGGUCAAAUGGAAUUAUUAUGAAGGCUUCUUCUACCCCAAUUGCACUGGCUCGCACCUUCGAAGUGUGUGUAUCUAUGGCGCUGCAGAAUUACGAUGGCUUAUAAAGGAAGGGCAUUGGUUUGCUAAUAAAUUUGAUUCUAAAGUGGACCCUGUCUUGGUUAAAUGUCUAGCAGAAAAACUUGAAGAACAACAGAGAAAGCUCAUCACUUUGUCUUCACAAAAGUUCAUUACAGUUAAAAAACCCAAAGUCACACGUCAUCAUAAGAGCACCAUGGAGCUGGGAAUGUCUAAUACAAAGAGUUAAGAUGGAAUUGUGGACCUAAGCCUUGCCCAACACCAUUGGGACUUAAUGCUUUCCAAGGUUGAACCUUCUCUAGAAUUCCAUGCAUGGACUUUGAGCCUACAGUUGGUUGGUUUUUGAAUGCUGGUUUUACUUGUUCUCUUACUAAGUCAGAGAUCUCAAAUGUUUAGUGAUAUCAAGUUUAUUGAGCACCUGACAGUGCUCCAGGCACUUUAUGGAAAGACAUGCAGGGAUUAAAUUCAAGUCGUAAUGAAUUGUGCCCUCAGGAAGCAGUGCUCACCCUCCUAACAUGGCAACUGCAGUGUUUUCGUGUUUUCUAUGUGAUAAUGAGGGUACUACUGGAGAGGACUUUGGAGUACGAGCUAAUCACAGCCACUAGCCUCUGAGUGUAUGAGUGUGAGGCCAGCUCUCUACCUGUUUCUUAGUCCAGCAACCAAGACACUUUUGAACUAUUAAGAUUCCACUACCUCAGAGAAACGCAAAGAAUUGUCUGAUCGCCUGCUUGCCAAAGUGUAACUUACCUUUCGGUGCCUCACUUUUUGAUUCAGGGCAGAUAGAAUGCUGCUGGUGUGCUAUUCGUCGGGUAUGAUUGUCUGAGAAGGCAGAGGGGCCGGGUGGUAGGUGGGUUGGGACAGGUAAUGUCCAAAGAGGAGCAAAGGGUCUCUUUACUCAUCGUUUGCACAACAGUGUCAUGAACAACUCUCUUUCUAAUUCGUUUGUUCUUUAAAGCACACAUACUAAUGAAAAUCAAACUGACUACUAGUUCAAAAAUGUCACCCAGCAGAACCUCAGGCCUAAGGUAGGUUGACAUUGAUUGUGGAUGUGAUGGCGUCUUUGCCACAGUAGCACGCUUCUGAUGGAGUUGCUAGUUCUGUCUUACGUAACUAAGCCAGGGAGUAAUUCUGAUUGCUUACACACUUUUCUUUUUCAG